AUGUGUUUCCUGAAAAUAUUCGUGAUUUUUGUAACGCUUCCUCUCGUUGACGUGGUUAGUGGACGUGACGCGCCUCCAAUUGUGAUUCCUGACCAGGGGACCGUUAUGGGAAUGUAUAUGAGGAUGUUUCGCACACAAAGCAUCUUGGCCUACUUGGGGAUUCCUUUCGCACAGCCACCCAUUAAUGAGCGGCGUUUCUUUCCCCCGGUUGUGGACGUUUUACCUGCUUGGGAUGGUGUUAGGAAUGCAACCAUUUUUCAGGCGGAUUGCUGGCAGAAUCCGCUGAAACCGUUGAAAAAACAUGACGAACUGUUCAAUAAACUUCUGAAGAACAUAAGGAACAUGAACAACGAUUCCAGGAGAUAUGACGAGGACUGUUUGUACCUGAACAUAUUUAUUCCGGAUGCUCCUCCACCAAUGGAAGGAUUCGCAGUCAUCGUUUGGUUUCAUUCGGGCGAUUUCUCAUACGGAAGUGCUGCCGACUUGGAUCCAUUUCAGAUGGUUUUCAAACAAAAAGUCAUCGUAAUUACUGUGGCGUACCGGCUCAACAUUUUCGGAUUUCUCACCAGUAUGGAUGGUGAAAGUUCUGGUAAUUUCGGCUUAAUGGAUCAAGCAGCUGCCUUACUUUGGAUAAAAAGGAAUAUUAAACUUUUCAAUGGAAAUGACAAUUCAAUCACGCUCAUGGGGCAUGGAUCAGGAGCUAUUAGUGUCGGCCUACACUUACUUUCCGGAGAUUGGUCCGAAGGACUUUUCCAUAAAGCCAUCAUGAUGUCGGGGAGCCCAUUAUUUGAGACAACUGUCAAACGAGCUUCGUGGUAUGCAACAUCACUGAAUACAAUCGCGAACUCGUUUGGAUGCUUCAAAAGACCGACUUCAAAGCUUUUGGAAUGUCUAAGACACAUAAAUGCUCAAAUUUUAUCUGAAAAUUUGCCGUUCAUUGAAUGGGGUCCGAUAAUAGACGACGGGUUGAGUAACACUACAAUGCCUUUUGUACCUGAUACGCCCCUCCAGCUCAUCGAAAGAGGUCAGCUGCGAAAAGUGCCCUUGCUUAUAGGGUAUACAAAUAUGGAAGAGGUAUUAGACGUUAUAUUAGGAGACAUGAUGGAGACAGGCAUAAGCACCGAAAUGUACGACACCCUUAUCACAGACAUUGUCCUGGCAGACUUACCCCAGUUAGAAUCGAAUGAAUCAUGUGGAUCUAACAUACCCAUGGUUACUGACGCGAUUGCAUAUACCUACAAGCCAUAUCCUCCUGUGACAGAUAAUAUGAUGCUGAGGAAAAAAUUCGUAGAAUUCGCAACGGAACGCAAAUAUGCUGCACCCACCCUUCAAUUAGCCGAUUUCGUGAGCAAGUCUUCCACAUGUUACGUCUAUAGGUUUGACACAAACCCACGAUCAGCUAUUGCCAAGGAAGGUUUCGAAGAUUGGGUCGUAGUUCCUCACAACUACGAUUUGAUAUUUGUCUGGGGUAUACCAUAUUGGCCGAUUUUGGACAUGGCGGGCCAAUGGGAGAGUACAGACAAAAGGAUCUCGGAAAUAAUCAUGACUCUCUGGGCGAACUUUGUGAAGUUUGGGAUACCAACUAAGUUUGGUGUGUCCAUAAGUUGGGAUGAAUUUACGACGGAAAAACAAAAUUUGCUGCUGAUUGACCGAUCAUUUAAUAUGAGCGACGAGAAAUCGUUGCAUUUUCAGGGGAUUAAAUUUUGGAAUGAUUAUUUUCCGAGGGUUGUGGAUCAUGCAAUGCAUUGCUGCAAUAUGACGGAUGGUAGUAGGCCAGUUUUUCACGUGGAUAAUAGCAUGCUCACGUAUGUGUUACUUUUGACAGUUACGGUAAUCAUGUACUCUCAAGCAUCGUAGCAAAGUUAUAUUGAAAAUAUUCCUUAUUUGUUAUAUAAUGUUUGCUAGGUCAGGUAAUGUUUAUACAAUUUUUGUAAUCUUCCAAUUGAAUGUAUCCGUACCACGUUGCAUUAAAUAUCAGUAAAACUUGUGAAUACCUUAAUAAAUAUAUUUAGAGUCAAGUAAAACUACACUUGCAUUGUAUAGCCUUCUUAUCGAACUUUAGAGUAUCUAAUGGAUAAAGCCAUAUUUGUUGUACAAAUAGAAAAUAUUAAAGCGUAAACUUUUCUAAAUAU